UUUUUGGAGCUGUGAGGGAUACAGCGGUUUGAUCAAUAUUGUCUUAACAUGCUUCAAAUAAAUCAGCUUCUCUCCACGAUAAAAUGGCAAACCCCAAAGAGAAAACUCCAAUGUGUCUGGUAAAUGAGUUAGCCCGUUUCAAUAGCAUCCAACCCCAGUAUAAACUUCUGAGUGAAAGUGGGCCUGCUCAUUCGAAGAUGUUCUCAGUGCAGCUGAGUCUUGGUGAGCAGACAUGGGAAUCCGAAGGGAGCAGUAUAAAGAAGGCCCAGCAAGCUGUUGCUAGUAAAGCUUUGACUGAAUCUACGCUUCCCAAACCGGUUCAGAAACCACCCAAAAGUAAUGUUAAUAAUAACCCAGGCAGUAUAACUCCAACUGUGGAACUGAAUGGGCUUGCUAUGAAAAGGGGAGAGCCUGCCAUCUACAGGCCACUGGAUCCAAAGCCAUUCCCCAAUUAUAGAGCUAAUUACAACUUUCGGGGCAUGUACAAUCAGAGGUAUCAUUGCCCAAUGCCCAAGAUCUUUUAUGUUCAGUUGACUGUAGGAAAUAAUGAAUUCUUUGGUGAAGGGAAGACUCGACAAGCUGCCAGACACAAUGCUGCGAUGAAAGCCCUUCAGGCACUGCAGAAUGAACCUAUUCCAGAAAAGUCUCCUCAGAAUGGUGAAUCGGGAAAAGAAAUGGAUGAUGACAAAGAUGCAAAUAAAUCUGAGAUAAGCUUAGUGUUUGAAAUCGCUCUGAAGAGAAAUAUGCCUGUCAGUUUUGAGGUUAUUAAAGAAAGUGGACCACCACAUAUGAAGAGCUUUGUUACCCGGGUAUCAGUGGGAGAGUUCUCUGCAGAAGGAGAGGGGAAUAGUAAAAAACUCUCCAAGAAGCGUGCUGCAACCACCGUUUUACAGGAGCUUAAAAAGCUCCCACCUCUUCCUGUGGUAGAGAAGCCAAAACUAUUUUUUAAAAAACGCCCUAAAACAAUAGUAAAGGCUGGACCAGAAUACGGUCAAGGAAUGAACCCCAUUAGCCGCCUGGCUCAAAUUCAACAGGCCAAAAAGGAAAAGGAGCCAGAUUAUGUUUUGCUUUCAGAAAGAGGAAUGCCUCGACGUCGAGAAUUUGUGAUGCAGGUCAAGGUAGGCACUGAAGUUGCUACUGGAACAGGACCCAAUAAAAAGAUAGCCAAAAAAAAUGCUGCAGAAGCAAUGCUGUUGCAGCUUGGUUAUAAAGCAUCUACUAGCCUUCAAGAGCAGCUUGACAAGACAGGGGAAAGCAAAGGAUGGAGUGGUCCAAAGGCUGGAUUUCCUGAACCAACAAAUAACACUCCAAAAGGAAUUCUUCAUCUAUCUCCCGAUGUUUAUCAAGAGAUGGAAGCCAGCCGCCACAGAGUGAUCUCAGGCACGACUCUAGGCUACUUGUCAUCCAAAGAUAUGAACCAACCUUCAAGCUCUUUCUUCAGUAUAUCUCCCACAUCAAAUAGCUCAGCCACAGUUGCCAGGGAACUCCUUAUGAAUGGAACAUCUCCUACAGCUGAAGCCAUAGGUUUAAAAGGAAGUUCUCCUACUCCCCCUUGUUCUCCAGUACAGCCUUCAAAACAACUGGAAUAUUUAGCAAGGAUUCAAGGCUUUCAGGCAGCUUUAAGUGCCUUGAAGCAGUUUUCUGAACAAGGACUGGAAUCAAUCGAUGGAGCAAUGAACGUUGAAAAAGGUUCUCUUGAAAAACAAGCCAAGCAUCUGCGGGAGAAAGCGGACAAUAACCAGGCGAGCCCGGGCCCCAUCACUCAGGACUGCAAGAAAUCAAAGUCGGCCAUCUAGCAGCUCCUAGAACCCACGGCUGCCACCGCGUCCUUAUAAACCUGUCAGCACGCAUGAGGGUGUCUGUGUUCAAGGAAAUGAAUGACUAAUACCAUUAUCUGAGUCUUAUGUGAAGACAACACUAUUCUAACACAAGAGAUAAUGUACAUGGUAGUGUUUAUUCAACUGGGGGAAAAUAAAACUUUGAGCAUUUCCCUUGGAACUUGAGAUCAGAUCAUAACUCAUUUGCCCAGAGGCAGCAGAAAUCUGAUCCUGCUACUGGAGCUUAAAAUAACAAUUAAUAAAAAGUGUUAGAAACAGAGCUAAAGUUUUAAAAUGAUUCAUAGAGAAGUUGGUUUGGUUCUGUCCUUAUGAUUGUUCUGUCGUGGCAAUUGUGUUCAGUUAUAUUCUCUCUCUUUCUCUCUCUCUCUCUCUCUCUCUCUCAUUUGAAGUAAUGCUUGACAAUUCAAAAAUUAACCAAUGAUGUGCUGUGGAAUGUGAUGUUGUCUUCAUAUAGAGUCGCACAGUUUCUCUUUUUAUGCAGAUAUUUGUAAUCUUCAUCCUAAACACACACACACACACACACACACACACACACACACACACACAAAUUACUUUAAGGUGCGCUGCACAAAAAUGUAUGCAAAUAACUAUGUUUUAAAUCAGGUCAGAUAUUUGAUUUAAAAUAUGAAAUAAUACUAGGAAGAAGUAGUUUCCAUAUAUUCCAGGAAUUUUAAAAAGACAAAAUGAAACAAAACCAAACAGUUGUGGGUUUUGAGCUCCAUGAUGCCAUUAGCCACCAAGGGGGCGUCUUGCCUCUGCCCAUCUCGUUCCCUGACUCCACUCUGUCGUGGAAAUUGUACCCACCCCCGUCUGUGUUGUAGCCACUCACUGUUUGCAUCGAGUGUUUUUAGUAACUGCCUCUGGACUCGAACAGUGAGUAGGAUCAAAAUAAAUACUGUACUUGGUGGGGAAGGGAAAGCCUGUUGGAGAAGCUUCUAGCCAGCCACGCUCUGGACCAGCAUGUUGGACUCCAGUGGGGCAAAUGCAGUAAAAAUUUGGUCAGUUUCUGUGUAAA